AUGAAUGUCUUAUGUGCCACUAGGAGGCUUCAUUCAUCUAGACUGAGUUUCAGAGCUUUGCAGAAACAAAGACGGUCAAGAACUAAAAACAAGAAUGAAAAUCCAUCCUUUGGGACUACACCAUUAAAAAAGGAAGAGAUAAAAUUGAUUAACAAGCUUUUCUUGUCUAGAACUAGUGGACUUGAGCCUGAUCUCGAGAUUAAAGAGCUUGCAGAUAUUGAAAAAGAUUAUAAUGAAAGAUAUUUGAAGAGGAUUAUUUGGCCAUCUAAACGUUGGUAUGAGCAUGAUUGGAAAGAUCGAUCGACCAAAAUCCUUGGAAUGGAACGAUUCAGCAAAAAUCUCAUAAAUGGGGCUAAACCUAACUUUAACAAAAGAAAUGAAGGCAUAACAUUUCAUACGCAAGAAUUACUUGAGAGUCCGCUGAAGGUUGGUGAUAUUGUGCUGUUGAAGUCAAAUGCAACGGAAUUGUCCAUGUGUGUUGCUUUACCUGAGAGUGCCGAUGAUCCUCGCUACACUUUUGCUACAAUAAAGGGUAAUUUACUGUUCUCUACAAGGAGCUCGAUAAAUCUCCGCAUACCCUAUUCAAUUCCCAAUGGCAUAGCAAACCUGAUAACAAGGGAAAUACCCCACGGUUUCAAUCCAAUUGGCGUCAUAAAAAGCUCGAUUAAUGAAACUUUCAUACUUCCCACCGUUACUCGACAGCAUAUAACAAGUCUGAAGCCAUUUACAGUCAGUCACAUUGCAUGGGAGGAAUUACCUUUAACGAUAAAGAAAUUAGAAGUCCUGCAUCGGUUCUUGCAAAAUCCUUUAGGUUGGUACCAAAUUCCAUUUUUUCAAUUAGUGCACUUGGUUGAUACUAUAGAUAUGUCAUCUUGUAAUGACAGAAAAUACAUGAAAACUCUGAUUGAUAAUUCAAAAAAUGAUUCUUAUAACAACCUUGAUGCAUCAAGAUGUUUGUCCACAUAUUGGGCCAUUAUAGAACAGCAAGAAACAAAUAUGUGGGGAGAUAUUCAACGAAAUAGUUGUUCGAUGUCUCCCAUAUCUGUUACAGUGAACCCCUUGAAAGCGUAUCAGCAUUUUAAUGACUAUUUAGUUUGUGGCACAAAGCAGAAAGAUUUGGAUAAAAUAGGACAAGUUACAAGGCUUAUGAAUGAAAAGAACUAUACAAUCAUUAAGGAAAAGUACCCUGAGUUCAUGUCAAUGCUAAAAGACUAUGCCUCAGGAAAUUUAAAUCAAAAUUCUCAGGUAGCCGUUUUGAUAUCAGCUUUUUUGCGAAAGCUAAAUUAUUAUAAAGAUAUGGACGUGUCAAAAACAGUAUGCUAUAAAUUACUGCAGGAAAUUGAUCCAACUCAAUUUUUUGAUAAUAUUCUCCUAUUUAAUCAUGAUCUAAACCUUUCGAAUUCGUCUAAUUUGGGCCAAUCAAAUAAACAACUAUAUGCACUUUGUGGCCCCCAGAUAUCCGCUGAUGCAGAUAGAGUCGACUUUGGAAAUUUGAGAGUUUACUGUAUUGAUUCAGAAACUGCCCAUGAAAUUGACGAUGGUAUAUCAAUCAUCAAUAAAGGAAACGGAAUAUAUUCGCUAAGCAUACACAUCGCAGAUCCUAGCAUAUUAUUCUCAGGGGCCUCAGAAAUUCAAGGGCCACUUAAUGACGAUGUUUUCAAGCUUGCUAUGGAGAAAUCCUUCACUACAUAUCUUCCUGAUAUAGUUGAGCCUUUACUACCAAAUACGUAUUCCGAAGCAGCUGACUUGGGCAAAAAUGGACAAGUCACGAAUGCAAUGACAUUCACUGUAAAUGUGAAAACAUUACCUGAUGAAACUUUACAUGUUUUAUAUGAUACUUUUGAUAUCAAAUUGAGUAAGAUAAGGAACUUCCCUAAAGUAACAUACAGUAGGGUCAAUAAAAUAUUACAAAGUAGCGACUACUCAAAUCCCUCAGUGAAACAAGAUUUGGAAGAUCUACACAAAAUUGCACGGGCUCUAAGAAACAAUAGAAUGAAAAACGGAGGCGCUGUAGUUUUUGGAGAAGGUUUUAACAAAGGUAUGAUUGAAUUUUUUGAAGAAGGGCAGGCAGAGGUGAAAAAUGUCAAGUUUAUCGAUCAAGAAGAAACACCAGCAACCUUACUCGUUUCUGAGUUGAUGAUUUUAACAAACACGCUUUGCGGUUGGUUUUUCAAAAAGAAUAACAUCCCUGGGAUAUAUAGAUCCUAUAAUAAACUACUUUUGGGAUCCAAGGCAACAAUGGAGUAUAUGUCGCUACAAUCUAGUACAAAGUCAGGUGUAAGUCCUUCUAUAAAGGAUAUGACAAGGGUAAGUUCACUCAUGAAUUCUAGUGUUUACACUUCAAAGCCUAGGAUGCAUGAAAUGAUAGGUGCACAACAAUAUUUGACCGUUACUUCGCCAUUAAGAAGAUUUCCUGACUUACUCAACCACUUCCAGAUACACAGGUUCUUGAAAAAGCUUCCUUUUGUUUUCAACGAUGAGAAACUUCAAAACUUGAUAUGGCAUAUCCAGUCAAGGGCAGAUAUUUUGAAAAAAAUGUCUCGCGCUAUUAACACUUACUGGACAUUGGAAUACUUGCAAAAGGCGAUCUUCGAGAACCCCAAUAAGAGAUUUGAUGUCAUGAUAACAUCUGUCCCAAAUAAUGGUGUAGUCAAUUGUCUUUUCCCGGAUAUGUCAUUUGCAAGGGGCAAACUGAAGCUGAAGAAAGGUAUGCCAUACCCCGUAAUCGGUGAUACUGUGACAAAUUGUAGAAUUGUAAAACUAGAAAGUUUAGAUGGCAUUCUGUACCUAGAAGCAUAA